ACUAUCCAACCACCAAACACGAUGACCUCCCCCCACGCAACCCCCCGUACCUCCCUCCUCGCCACAACCUUCUCCCAACUCCUCCCCACACAACACUCCAAAAUCACCACCCGCUGGCGCAAAAUCGCCCUUCUCCACGCCCAGACAAAACUCGAUCAUCGCGCAGAAACUAUCAACGCGCUGAACGCAGAGCUCGACAUGCUGGAGGGGGAUAUACGGGAGUAUAGGGAGGUUGUGAGGGGGAUUGAUGUCAGGGAUGUGGCGGGAUUGUAUGUUGUUGCGGGGAUGGGGAGGGAGAGUGCGGCGAGGGUUGCGGGGGAGGAUUUGGAGGGUUUCGAGGGGGGGUUAAAAGAGUUGGAGGAGGGGAUUGCGUCGAUAAGGGGAGAGCAUCUGACCAUGAACACUGAUAGCGCAAGUUACUCGUCAGACCAGGGCAAUAACAUGAGAAACUUAUUCGUGAACCUAUAUAGCCAUGCGGAGUGCGUGCUAGCAACCGUUCACGCACUACGGUCCCUGGAUGAGAGGUUUUCAACAACGGCCCAUGGCGAAGACAAACACGACUAUGCUGAGGCGAUACAGUUUCAGGUCGGGGUGCUCGAAGAAUGUCUGUGCAGUAUGAGCACCGAUGUUGAGGGAGUGACGGACGAACAAGUGCGAGAUUGGAUAGAUGGCGUUGAGAGUGAUGAUGGACGACGGGAAAGGGAGGAAUUAGUGGAGACGUUGAUGGAGAAAUUGGGGGUUGUGGAGGAAGAGAUAACUAGGAUCGAAUAUGCUCUUGUAAGACGGUACGAUUAA